AUGGAAACAAUUAAAGAGAUCGUCCGCGACGCGCCUUUUGGCCAGCUUGUUCGUUACGCAACACGUAACCGCUUCUUUAAGUAUCCGGAAGAGUUACCUGGUUUCGAGAUUCCAUCUGCAUACACCGACGUCGAGAAACUUCCCUCCCAUACCGCAGGAGUUGAAGGGACUUCGACACGCAACUCAACCUCAACCACCCCGCUUCCAUCGCACACCCUGCCAUUCAGCCCCUCUCGCCUCGAAGCCGACCUAGCCCUCCACGCCACCCACUCACCCGUUCACUCCAUCGCGCCCGUCAAAACCGCCGACGGCCUCAUACUAGCAGAGUGGUACACCACGACCGACCCUGCGAACCCGCAGAACUGGUCGCAAGGCAAGAAGGGAUGGACGGCGUUCUUGAUCUGUCUGUAUACGUUCAUUGUGUACGCGGGUAGCUCCAUCUAUGUUAGUAGAUAUGGGAUUGGGCCGCUGUUGUUUGCGCCUUUGAGCGAGGUACCACAACUCGGCAGAAACAUACCGUACAUCACGACUUUCGCGCUUUUCACCAUCCUCACUUUACCUACCGCACUGGUAGACAACCUGGGCGGGUUCCUUUUCCUCCGCUUCCUGCUCGGCUUCUUCGGAAGCCCUUGUCUAGCGAAUGGCGGAGCCACAAUGCAGGAUCUAUACUCUCUACUCCAUAUACCGUACGGCCUAGCUUUCUGGACAGCAGCCGCGUUCGCUGGACCAGCUCUAGGGCCUCUUCUAUCUGGCUUCUCCGUCUAUGCGGAAAACUGGCGAUGGUCUCAGUGGGAACUCCUCUGGAUGGCCGCUCCAGUAUUCCUCCUCUUUUUCUUCUUUCUCCCAGAAACGCAGCCUACCACCAUUCUUCUUUACCGAUCUGCCCGUCUGCGUGCACUGACUGGCAAUCCGAAUAUCCACACGCAAACCGAGAUCGAUCGCAAAGGCACCAAGUUCUCCGCAGAACUCCUCGAUACUCUCAUCAAACCUCUGGAGAUCUGCGUCAAAGACCCUGCUCUCUUCUUCAUCAACGUCUACUCCGCGCUGACCUACGGCAUCUACUACUCCUUCUUCGAGGUCUUCCCUCUCGUGUAUUUGGAGAUAUACGGGUUCAGCGUCGGCGAGAUGACGAUCGUAUUUCUGUCGAUCAUCGUCGGGUGCGUCAUUGCUAUGACGAUUUACUUCUCCUAUCUGAGGUUCUACCUCAUACCGGAUAUCCUGAAGAGAGGAUUGAGACCUCAAGAGCAUAGACUCGUGCCAGCGAUUUUCGCGAGUUUUGGGGUACCGAUUGGGUUGUUCAUCUUUGGCUGGACGGCUCGUGAAUCUGUACAUUGGAUUGUUUCAACUAUCGGUAUCGUUAUAUAUUCGACCAGCGUGUACAUCAUCUUCCAGGCUGUAUUUUCAUACGUGCCCAUGUCUUACCCGCAAUACGCCGCGUCCCUUUUCGCGGGCAAUGACUUCUGUCGGUCUGCUUUCGCUUUCGGAUCCGUACUCUUCUCCCGUCCCAUGUAUCUCAAACUGGGAAUAGGAAAGGGUAUUAGCCUUUUGGGUGGCUUGAGUGUCAUGGGCAUUUAG